CGGCGGGGUCCCCGCUCCAGCAGGCGCCCGUGUGAGUAUGCGAGCGCGUGGCGCGCGCGCCCGAGCGGCAGCCGGGGAAUAAAAUGUGACACGCACGCCUCCGACUCCAGCGCCGCCCGGCCGGGGGAGCUCCGAGCACCGCGGCAUCGCCUGCUUGGAGGAGCGGCGUGGGGAGACGGCUGGUCCCCUCUGCCUCCCGCGGCUGCAGGACGCAAGGCGCUGACCCAGAGGCCUGCCAUGAAACCGCACCUGAAGCAAUGGAGACAACGAAUGCUUUUUGGGAUCUUCGCCUGGGGGCUCCUGUUUCUGGUCAUCUUCAUCUACUUCACGGACAGCAACCCCGCUGAGCCUGUGCCCAGCAGCCUGUCCUUCCUGGAGACCCGGAGGCUCCUGCCGGUCCUGGGGAAGCAGCGAGCCAUCAUGGGGGCCGUGCACGAGCUCUCCCUCUCUGGGAGCAUGGACACAAACAAGGCACCGCCCGGGGCUCACGCCACCAGCGCCUUGCGCUCGGGCCCUGGCCACCGGCAGAAAUGGACCCAGGCGCAAGACGGGUUUGAAAACGAAGAAGAGUUGUUUUCAUCCCAGCUGGGGAGGAAAUCUCAAAGUGCUUUCUACCCGGAGGAGGACUACUUUUUUGCUGCUGGUCAGCUAGAGGGACAUAGCCACACUCAGGGGACACUGGCGUUUCCUGUCCCCAGGGAGCCAGGCCUGACCCAGAGAAGGCGGGGGAAGAGGCGGCCCCGCCGGCCACGGAGGAGCCACGUGCUGGAGGACGCAGACGGCGACCGGCUGUUCUCCUCCAUGUCCCGGGCCCUCCUGUACCGGCUCUGGGAGGGGAACGUCCCCUCCCAGAUGCUCCACCCCCGGUGGCGCGGCUGCGCCGUGGUCAUGUCUGCGGGCGCCAUCCUCAACUCCUCCUUGGGGGAGGAGAUAGAUUCUCAUGAUGCAGUUUUGAGAUUUAACUCUGCUCCUACACGUGGUUAUGAGAAAGAUGUUGGAAAUAAAACCACCAUGCGCAUCAUUAAUUCUCAGAUUCUGACCAACCCCAGCCAUCACUUCAUUGAUAGUUCAUUGUAUAAAGAUGUCAUUUUGGUAGCCUGGGACCCUGCUCCUUAUUCUGCAAAUCUUAACCUGUGGUACAAGAAGCCAGAUUACAACCUGUUCACUCCAUACAUUCAGCAUCGUCAGAGAAACCCAAAUCAGCCCUUUUACAUCCUUCACCCCAAGUUUAUGGGGCAGCUGUGGGACAUCAUCCAGGAGAACACCAAGGAGCAGAUCCAGCCCAACCCGCCGUCUUCUGGCUUCAUUGGAAUCCUCAUCAUGAUGUCGCUGUGCAGAGAGGUGCACGUGUACGAGUAUAUCCCGUCCGUGCGGCAGACGGAGCUGUGCCACUACCACGAGCUGUACUACGACGCGGCCUGCACCCUCGGGGCGUACCACCCCCUGCUCUACGAGAAGCUCCUGGUGCAGCGCCUGAACCUGGGCACCCAGGGGGACUUGCAUCGCAAGGGCAAGGUGGUCCUGCCGGGCUUCCAGGCCGUGCGCUGCCCCACGCACAACCCUGCCGUGCCACAGUCUUAGAAAGGAGCCCUGGGAAUCAAUGUGCAAUAAGGUACUACUGCCGUGCGCCAAGUCACAAGAGAAUACUUGAAGAUAGAGUUUAGCCAAUGUAGUUUGGAGUCUUGAAACUGUAAUUUAGUGGUGGCCACGAGAGUUCUUUCUAAGCCAUCAAGUAUUUAUUACCACUUUGAAUAUAGAAACAGAGUUUAAAAAAAAAAAAAAAGCUCAAGAAAGAUGUAGAAAGCGGAUAGCUGAAAAGGAAACACAUGCAUAACCAUGGGUAUGAUAAUCUCCAAAAAGGUGAACCUCUUCUUUGCCAUGGCUACCCAUCAGAGUUGGUUUCUACUAAAGGUUUUAUUGAUACUCCUGGUAACACGGAUUGGAUUCUGUCUAGAAGCGUGCAGGUUGAGGUGUGGCGUCCACAGCAUGUCUGUGUCACUUACUGCACCAUCGUUGAACACCCUAGGCUGUACGAUGGACGUCCAAACUACCACUCAGGUGUGUUGAUUUGAACAGCAAAACCCCCCGUAUAUCCCAUCAGGGGAUGUUCACAACCAUCAGCGUUUUUGUCUAGUCUUCCAAGUGGUCUUACUUAUGGGCAUUUUGAUUAUCUAUCAAUAAGUAAUCUCCUUUGGUAGUAUGAGAACUUGGCUGGAGAAAAAUGAACUGGGGUCAAUCAAUCCCAUUUCUGACCAUUGCAUUCUCCUUACCACUUCUCAUUGCCCACCAAACACUUUGCUUUCUCAGUCAGGACACAUUUCUAAAACCAUAAGGCAUGCAUCUUGAAGGGUCCCAAACAAGCCAGACCCUGUUAGGCCCCUUGUUUCCCUGCAAUUUUUCAGCACUGGAGUAGGAGCGUUGCUACCCCACAGACGAGCAGAACUCACCAGCAAGCGGACAGACUCUCGGGGCUGCAGGCCGGCCCUGCUAGUUUUGUUCUCCGGCUCUGGCCCUGUACCUCCUCACCUACAGGGACCCCCUGCCCAACUCUUCCAUAGCCGGUGACACACACGGCAGCCCUGUGGAAGAAGGCGGGAGACACUGCCCUCCUUCCAACGUUCAAGGAAGGACUUGCAGGCUGGCGCCCUCCGCGGAGAC